AAAUGAAGCGACUUACAGCUAAAGGUCUUGGUGCUAUUUUAAAGAAAGCGGAAUGCAUCGAGAUAGAUGAAGAAGAGACUCUAUGGAGUAAAGGCAUUCUCGGAGACCACUCACCCAGCUCCCUUCUUAAUACCAUUUUCUAUAUGAAUGGUCUUUACUUUGCACUGAGAAGUGGAAAAGAGCAUAGGCAAUUACGAUACUCACCUUGCCAGAUUAAAAUUAUUGAGAAAGAAAGACAAAUACCUUACCUUGAGUUCUCUGAGGAAAUUUCGAAAAACAAUCCUGGAGGUUUAAAGGGAAGAAAAAUAACUCCAAAAGUUGUGAAGCAUUAUGCAAACUUAGAAAAACCACACCAUUGUUUCGUGAGAAUCUUUAAAAAGUACAAUCGUUUGUGUCCAGAAAACCGUCCAUCAGAUGCAUUUUAUUUGAAGCCGAUGAGUAAGCCAAGAGAGGACUGCUGGUUCACUCCAGUUGCUGUUGGUCACAAUACUUUGCGACAGAUGACGAAAACAAUGUUUAAAAUGGGAGAAAUAAAAGGAGUCAAAACUAACCAUUCUUUACAAACAACUGCAGCGACCCGUUUAUAAGGUGUUGACCAACAACUGAUAAUUGAACGCACUGGUCACCAUAGCAUCGAUGGAGUGAGAAGCUACAAGA